AUGAAACGGCUGGUUGGGGCGGAAGGGACCAUGCCUUCGAGCAGCUCACUGGCCCUUGGCGAUGUACUUGAUUCCAGACAAAGCACGGAGAGCGCCCUUCGAAACGGGCUUGCACUACCGUCAAGGAACGCUGCAUCGAUACCAAUACCAAUGCCGAGGAGAGCCUCAACCGACGUGGCUCUCUCUGCACGACAUGUAGUACAGGGAAAGGGGCUGGCAGCUGCGAACGUGCAGCAUGCCACGCCUUGUUCCCGCCGGUCGCCAAGGCUCAAAGCUUUGCGGAAGGUAUUUAAUCCCACCCUGCGUUCUGGCGUGCCUCUUAACACGACAGAGCAAAAACCUGUUACUGUCGACCGCGAACCGUCCGAAGCCAGCCCUGAUGACACCGCAUCUAUUCCUGAUGAUAUUCCCAUGGGCGCGCGUGAUGCCCCUGGAAUCUUGUUGCGGCAGUCGGAAGCCGCGUUGGCUCUUGUCUCAAAAACGGGAAGGGGAGGACCAAAGGCUGUCGGGAAACUGCGCCUCGAUAGUCCCGAUGGAGAACGGGAGGCGUCUCGUACCCGCAAGAAGCAGUCUCGUAGUGCGAAGGGUCGUCAGGCUUCCGAGGCAGUUGCGUCUACAGUCAAAGACAGCGGUCCCGCAGAAAGGGCACCGAAACGAAGGGGGAGGCCGACGGGAAGAGGGAAGGAUGAAGUGAGUGUUGGGACAAAAAAGAAGAGGAGGGCGGUUGUGGCGAGCCAGGAAUCCGUAUUCGCUGACAUAGACGGAAACACGCGGGAAAAGUCCAAGGUUCCCAACUUGUUUUCCGAUGAUGAUGAAGAUGAGGUAUUGCAGGCCAGAGGCGCUUCAGUCUUCGACGAGAUCGACCGCAGAGAAACGGGUAGCAGAGUGAAGAGAGUCGACGAAAGACCAAAGAGACAAUCCCUGACACGGCAGCGCUCAGUAUUUGACGAGGAUGUUGGUGUGCCCAAGAAAAAAUGGGAUUACGACUCUGAAAGUGAGAACUCUGACGAUGACUUCUUUCCGUGCCAGAAGACAGCCCCACAAAAAGGUUUACGAGCUGCGGAUAGAACGCGCAAACCGGAGGUGAAGCGAAAGAAAACAGUUGGUCUGAGCCCCAGGAAAGCAACAGGUGCGCGAAAGGUGUCUCUAUCCCAGUCGAGAGCCUCUCCUCGUAAGGGGGCCAUUCGCGCCAAUACGGCCAAUGAAGUUGAAUUGCAAAGAGAUCGAACGAGGACUCCUAGUGAGGAUGAGGAAGAGACAGAUGGGGAUGCAUGCAGUCCGUCCCAGGGUGGGAGCCAGACCAUGAGCAUUGUCGUCGAAGCGCUUCCGGUCAAGAAGAAGAAAGCAACUCGGUAUCCGGAGCAUCUUUGGACUAGAAUGACUUCUGACGAGUUGUCAACGAUCCGGAAAGGAUUUGUGAAGUACUACCCGACGCCACCUUCGAACAUGCACGCGCAAGGUCGUUUCGAACAGCAGUACAUGCGUGAGAUGCCGAAGGCAAUGGUCGAGGCGUUGUGGAAGAAUGAACUGAAGCCAUGGAGCGAUAGGUGGUGGAAUUUCUUUACGAUGUUUGGGGACUUUUCACGGGAAAAGAAGAAGCAAAAGCCGCUCGGGAAGAACCCAACUUUAAAGCAAGCAGAGGUGGACCGCUGGGCAAAGGAAUUCCAUGCCAAGCAUGGGGAUGCACGUAUACCCGCGAAAACGGGGAACGUUGAACCGGAUAGCACGGCUGCGGGCGCCAACUAA